CUCACCCUCACCACUUUCUGUCUUCCUCUCCAUCCACUCUGUGCUAUGCUCUGUCUUUGCUGCUCUUUUCUCUUUCUCUUUUGGCGUUGAAUAAUUUCCAAAAAGAUUUUUUUCCAGCAUCCUCAGCUGAUUGGCCUUUCCAAGAAGGCCACCUGGAAGCGUAGUUUUUCUUAUUUUUCCUGUUCAACUGCGUGUUUGCGUUUUAUUCUAGGAGGUUUAGAUCACUUUUUCAUCAGGGGAAAAUAAAAAUGCCACGCUCCUUUUUGGUGAAACUGCCAAAGAUUCACGAUUUCUCCUCUUCCAACCACUACUAUCAUCAUCAACAUCAGCAGCAGGAGCAGCACUGGGAUGACUCGUACACCGUGACACAUGCCAUCACUGAGUCAUCCACCAACUUGGCCGUGCAUCUGAGUGAAAACAGGUACAUCCAGGAUUACAUCAUCCCGUCAGUGUUUAAGCGCACAAAGGAGUCAAGUCAUGAGCAGACUGGGCUCACAGCAGGGCCCCUGUACUCCCCAGGGGGCAGCAGCGGGGAAGAGUUCUCUGACCACGACAUGGAAGAUCCGGACAGCCCCGUUUCUAGCACCACAGUUGAGUCGGACGGCAGUAGCCCUGAAACGGAGGCGUGCACAAUCAGUGGCUUUCUCAUCUCUGAUGGUCGCUCGCGCCGGAGGCCUAAACAGAGAUGUUCUCACAUGGAAGGGAGCCAUUUGGACAGCAGCGAGGGAAGCAGCUCAACAGAUUGCAGCCCCGCCAAAGGGGAAUCCAAAGGACGUCACGUGUGCAGCGAGUGUGGCAAGUCGUACGCCACAUCCUCCAAUCUGAGUAGGCACAAGCAGACUCACCGAAGUCUGGACAGCCAGCAGGCCAGGAAAUGUCCUACCUGCCACAAAGUUUAUGUGUCUAUGCCGGCUCUGGCCAUGCACAUGCUGACCCAUGACAUGAAGCACGAGUGCAAGGUGUGUGGCAAAGCUUUCAGCCGGCCUUGGCUCCUGCAGGGUCACAUGAGGUCUCACACUGGGGAGAAACCGUUUGCCUGCGCUCACUGUGGCAAAGCCUUUGCUGACCGCUCCAAUCUGCGUGCCCACAUGCAGACGCACUCAGCGUUCAAACACUACUCCUGCAAACGUUGCCGUAAAAGCUUCGCGCUCAAAUCCUACCUGAACAAGCAUUACGAGUCGGCCUGCUUCAAAGGGCAGUCAACAGAGGGUGACUGCAGCUCUGAGGACUGAAAGGAAAAUCCUUUCUUCUUUAUAUGUUUUUUUUCUAGUUCAAAUAUCUAAGUCAGACGACGGCUCGCGACUUCUCAGACUUUUCAAAUGCAUGUAUCAAAAUCCUGCCUUUUGACAUAAGCAAUAACCUCACAGUAAAUUCUUCAGGAAACAUGUAGAAAAUUUCAUAUCAGUGUUGAUUACAAAUGCAAAAUAUUUUAUAUUCUUUUUAUAAAUUGCAAUAAUUUACACAUCACUAUCAUUUGAUAUAUC